AUGUCUCCCCCGCCUCUUCCCUUCAUAUCCCACCCCCCUUAUCGAGGAUGUCGUCAAAAUUACUUAAUCGACAUGGGUUGGUUGUUAACUUUAUUAGUAACUUACCUUAUUGGCGGUCUAACCUUUUUACCUGGUGUACUAAUCCUAAUCAUAUAUUUACAUCCGAUAUUGAAAGAGUCUUCUGCUGAUGAUGGAUCAAAAUCAGAUUCAUCUCAUAAUGAUGAUGAUAAUGAAAACCCUAUAAAAGCUGGCGAAAUUGAAGAAGAUAAAAAAUCAGGCUUGGAUGCUUAUAAAGCAGGGUGGAUUAUUGUAACUCAAGACUAUCUUGAAUCAACUGAUGAUAUCACAUCUUCAACUCAAUCUGUUUCAGAAUCAAAUGAAAAUAAAUCAGCUUAUUCUUCAUUAUAUAAAUUGGUUCAAAAGGAUAAUAAUGAAAAAAUUCAAAAACUGGAAUCAAUUGAUUUAACCACUGAUAAUACAAUCACUAAUGAUAAUAAUAAUGAUUUGGAUUCUUUAAAUGAUACUAUUUCCACCACUCCAACUACAGCUUCAACAACUUCAUCUACCACUAAUAAUUUACCUCCUCAACAACAACCAUCAUCUACCACUCCAACUAAACAAUCUCAUAAAAAACAUCGAUAUUAUGGUGUUUUAAAACAUGGAAAUUUAUUUCUUUAUAAAGAUGAAACUAUUAAAGAUGUUAAACAUGUCAUUGUUUUAUCAAAUCAUUUCAUAACUAUAUGGCCACGAGAAUUAACUGAUGGUCAAUUAUUUACUAAAAGUUCUUCCAUUGCUUUAAUAAAUUCCAAUAAAUUAUCAUCCAUUGAAGAAACAGCAUCAACAUCAUCUAGAGAAGCAGCUCCAAAGGGUUCAUUCUUCUUAUAUUGUGAUGUAAAUAUUGAUAAAGAAGAUUGGUAUUUUACUUUAAUUAGAGCCACAAAAACAAGUGAAUUACAUGAAUCAUUAAAUCCAAAAAUUUAUGCAAAAACUUUACAUUUUAAAACUAGUCAUAUGAUAAAUUUAAUUCAAUCAUUAUAUAGUUCAGAAGGUCAAUUACAAACAAAAUGGCUUAAUGCUAUAAUUGGAAGAUUAUUCUUAGCAUUUCAAAAUACAAAAGUUUUAGAAGAUUAUUUAUACACCAGAAUUUCAAAAAAGUUAAAUAAAAUUAAAAAACCAGGAUUUUUAGAUAAAUUUCAAAUAACUUCACUUUAUCCUGGUGAUUCAGCUCCAUUUUUAACUUAUCCAAGUCUUAAAGAAAUAAGUCCUGAUGGUACUAUUUUAGUAUCAACUUAUUUUAGUUAUCAUGGAAAUCUUUCUUUAAAAAUUGCUACUAAAGCAAAUAUAAAUUUAGGAGGUAGAAUUAAAACUAGAGAAGUUGAUCUUUUAUUAAGUAUAACUUUAAGUAAAUUAGAAGGUCCAAUAUUAAUUAAAAUGAAACCUCCUCCAAGUGAAAGAAUAUGGUAUACAUUUUCUAGUGAACCAAUUUUAAAUCUUAAAAUUGAACCAAUUAUAAGUCAAAGACAAUUUACUUAUAAUUUAAUUACAAAUUCAAUUGAAAAAAAAUUAAAAGAAGCGGUAAAGGAAAGUUUGGUAUUACCUCAUUGGGAUGAUAUUGUAUUUUAUAAUACUAUAGAUGAAAUUUAUAAGGGUGGAAUUUGGGAUCCAAGUGAAAGGCAAUCAUUUUUUACAAAUCAAAAUCCAGAUCCAAUUCCGAAUACCAACGCAGAUUCUGCAUCUAUAAAUUUGAACUCAAACAAUGGGGUUGAUCUUGAUAAUCAAUCAAUUUAUAGUAAAUCUGAAUCUUUAAAUGAUGAUAUUGAAGAAAAAUCCGAAUUAUCAAAUAGAUCGUCUAGAUCUGCUGCAAGUACAAGACUUACAAAUACUUUGAGUGAUUUAUCUAAAAGAUUAAAGAAAAAAACAUCUUCUUCAAGUACAAUUGAAACUUUAAAUAUUGAAAAUCAUAAUGUAACUCCAACACCAACCAGAUCUAAUAAUAAUCCACCUGCUUCAACUACCACUAAUGUAAAUGGUACAACAACUAUGAAUACUCUUAAAAGAAUUGGCAAAUGGUAUUUUAAAGAUGAUAAAGUUAAUCAAGAUGAUAAUUAUACUCCACCGGAAAUGAUUCUGAAUAGAAGAGCUCCUAAAAAGCAUAUUGAUGCUCCCUCGCUUACUACCAGUUCCCCUGUCCAAGAGAUAUCCAAAACACCAUCUCCAAAGAAUUUCCCAUCUUAUGAUUUUGGUAAACUGGGUUAUCCUGAAUCUGUAUUUAGUAAUGGUGGAAGUGCAACUAUUGAAAAGACUUCUAGUAUAUCAAGAAAGGUUAGUUCAAGUACUAUAAGUCUGAGUAUAAAUGAAAAGCAAAGUGUUUAUGAAGUUCCUGCUUUACCACCCCGGGAAGAGGAGGUUACAGAUCUUAUUUCUUUGACUAGUGAGAAAUUAAAAGAUACUAAUGAGAAUGUAUCUAAUAAGGCUGCUGAAGUGCAGGCUUGGUUAAUACUCAAGUUACUAGUUCUAAUUCGAUUGAUAAUGGAUUACAUAAAAGUCAUAGUGUAA